AUGGAUUACUACAUCGGCAUUGAUGUCGGGACUGGUAGUGCCCGCGCUUGUAUUAUUGACAACAAGGGCGAUAUUGUUGGCUUAGCCUCGGAGAACAUCGGUCUGUGGCAGCCACAGCAAGGUUACUAUGAACAAUCCACCUCCGAUAUCUGGCGGUGCAUCUGUAUUUCUGUUCAACGCGCCAUCAGCCAGCAUAACAUCAACCCAUCCUGGAUUCGGGGCAUUGGUUUUGAUGCUACCUGCUCUCUGGCUGUCUUUUCUAACGACACUGAUGAGCCGGUUUCCGUGACGGGUCCUAAUUUCGACACUGACCGUAAUGUCAUCCUAUGGUUGGACCACCGGCCAGUUGAAGAGACUGAGAAGAUCAAUGCGACUAAUCACAACUUGCUCCGCUAUGUUGGUGGAAAAAUGUCCAUCGAGAUGGAGAUUCCAAAAAUCCUGUGGCUGAAGAACAACAUGCCUAAGGAACUCUUCGACAGAUGCAAGUUUUACGACUUAGCCGACGCCCUCACGCACAUUGCGACUGGAAACGAGAAGCGAAGCUUCUGCAGUGUCGUCUGUAAACAGGGAUAUGUCCCAGUCGGAGUCGACGGAAGUGUCAAAGGUUGGCAGGAAGAUUUCCUGAAGGAAAUCGGUCUAGAGGACCUUACAAAAGACAAUUUCAAGCGAAUUGGAGGAGUCAACGGGGUGAAUGGCGAAUAUCUCAGUGCUGGUGAACUGGUGGGUACGCUGUGUGAAAAGGCCGCAGCUGAACUUGGCCUGCCGCCUGGAAUCGCAAUAGGCAGUGGUGUCAUCGAUGCCUAUGCAGGAUGGAUUGGCACUGUCGGCGCCAAGGUGAACCUGGAAGGCGACGAACUAGAUUCAGAGGUCGCCUCAAAUGACCGAACCCAAGCGUUCACUCGCCUGGCCGCCGUGGCGGGCACUUCGACCUGUCAUCUGGCCAUGUCUCCUAACCCGGUCUUCGUCCCUGGUGUGUGGGGGCCUUACCGAGACACCAUCCUCCCUGGAUACUGGAUGGCGGAGGGUGGUCAGUCUGCCACAGGAGAGCUCCUGAGGCAUAUCAUUGAAACCCAUCCGGCGUUCAACCAGGCGCUAUCAAUUGCAGAGUCCUACCACACAAACAUUUAUGACUAUCUCAAUGAGCACCUGAAGGAGAUGGUUCAAGAGCAACAAGCUCCCAGUAUCUCGUACUUGGGGCGCCACUUUUUCUUCUAUGGAGAUCUUUUUGGAAAUCGCUCUCCUAUCGCGGAUUCCCGUAUGACCGGCUCCGUUAUCGGCCUGACCAGUGAUAAAUCGGUCGAUAGCCUUUCCAUUUACUACUACGCAACCUUGGAGUUUAUUGCUCUGCAGACCAAGCAAAUCGUCGAGACCUUGAACAAGGCUGGCCACAACAUCAACUCGAUCUUCAUGUCAGGGUCCCAAUGCCAGAAUGAAAUCUUGGUGAAGCUGAUUGCUUCUGCUUGCAAUGUUCCCGUCCUCAUCCCACGUUACGUUCACGCAGCUGUGUGCCAUGGCGCUGCCAUGCUCGGUGCCAAAGCGGCUAGCGCUGACAGUGAGGGAAAGACAGAAGAUCUCUGGGAGAUUAUGGACAGGAUGAGCAAACCCGGAAGGAAAGUUCUCCCUACAACCGACCCUCACGAAAAGGCGCUACUGGAUGUCAAAUACCGUGUCUUCCUUGAGCAAUGCUAUAAACAGCAGGAAUAUAGGAACCUCGUCGAUCAGGCCAUAGGCUCGUGGGAGAAGACCAAAUAA